AAAAAAAUAAAACAAAAUAAAAAUAGGCAGUACUGUAGUGUAGAAGUCUGGUUGAGAAGAAAACUCAAAUUUAUGUGAGUCACAUCUAUAGCGGUUGCGGAUUGAAGAAGUGGAGUGCAAUUGCAUAUACUUAUUCAACAACUCUUGUCUGUGUGUUUGCUUCAUGAGCCAGCAAACCAAAACCCUCUUUUCUUGAAAUUUGAAGAAUGUCCACCUCUCAAGGUGCUAGUAAUAGUAACACUUACGGUUAUCGUAACGGUAACAGAACCUCUCUUAAAACGUCAAAUGUCAAGUCCAAGCCCACUCAACGCCGUAAUACCACCGUCAUCAAGGACCAUACUACUGUUCCUGGAAGAGUUCGAGUGGCAGUUAGGUUGCGGCCGCGAAUUGCGGAGGAGUCAGUGGCGGAUGCUGAUUUUGCUGACUGUGUUGAAUUACAGCCAGAGCUCAAAAGGUUAAAACUUCGGAAGAACAAUUGGGAUGGAGAGACUUAUGAAUUUGAUGAGGUGCUUACUGAAUUUGCGUCGCAAAAACGUGUUUAUGAAGUUGUUGCAAGGCCUGUUGUCGAGAGUGUACUGGAUGGUUACAAUGGGACGAUUAUGGCUUAUGGACAGACUGGUACUGGGAAAACUUAUACUCUUGGACGACUUGGGGAGGAAGACACAGCUGCACGUGGAAUAAUGGUACGAGCUAUGGAAGACAUUUUUGCCGAUGUUUCCUUGGAAACUGAUUCAGUCUCAGUCUCAUAUUUGCAGCUUUAUAUGGAGACUAUACAGGAUCUGCUUGACCCUGCCAAUGAUAACAUAGCCAUUGCAGAAGAUCCCAAAACUGGUGAUGUUUCACUACCUGGAGCUACCCUAAUCGAGAUUCGGGACCAGCAGAGUUUUGUUGAACUACUAAGAUUAGGAGAGGCUCAUCGCUUUGCUGCAAAUACGAAACUGAAUACCGAAUCUUCUAGAAGUCAUGCAAUUCUGAUGGUGCAUGUAAAGAGAUCCGUCAAGGGAAGAGAUGUUUCUCAUUCAAAUGAGAAUGGCAAUCAUCCACACAUGAUCAAAUCGUUAAAGCCGCCUAUUGUUCGGAAAGCCAAGUUGGUGGUUGUAGAUCUUGCUGGUUCAGAGCGAAUUGACAAAUCAGGAAGUGAAGGACAUAUGUUAGAGGAAGCCAAAUCCAUCAAUUUGUCUUUGAGUGCAUUGGGGAAAUGUAUUAAUUCACUUGCAGAGAAUAGUGCACAUGUGCCAUUUCGUGACUCAAAGCUUACUAGAUUGUUACGUGAUUCAUUUGGAGGUACAGCAAGAACCUCACUUGUCAUAACUAUUGGACCGUCACCACGGCAUAGGGGAGAGACUGCUAGUACUAUAAUGUUUGGACAGAGGGCUAUGAAGGUAGAAAACAUGAUAAAGUUAAAGGAGGAAUUUGAUUACAAAAGCUUAUCAAGAAGGCUAGACAUAGAAUUAGAUAAACUCAUUAUGGAACAUGAACGACAGCAGAAGGCAUUUGAGGAUGAGAUUGAAAGGUUAGCGACUGAAGCACAGCAUCGGAUAUCUGAGGCUGAAAGAAACUAUGUAGAUUCAUUGGAGAAGGAAAGAUCAAAAUAUCAGAAAGAUUAUAUGGAGUCAAUUAAAAAGAUCGAAGAGAAGGUUAUGUUGAAUCAACGGAAGAAUGAGGAGCCUCAUAUAAAGUCAAGCGUAGAGAUUCCCAAGGUAUCUGCUGAGGAAAUGGCUGAUUUGAAGAAAAUGCUUCAAAAAGAAACUCUUUUAAGAAAAUCUGCUGAGGGGGAAACAAAUAAUUUGAAGAUUCAAGUGGCUGAACUAAAACAGUCAGAGGCAUCAGCAAAGUCAGAGAUAUCAAAACUUCAUAAGAUUUUGGAAGAUGAGGCUCAUCAAAAAGAUAAACUAGAAGGAGAAAUAGCAAUAUUACAAAGUCAAUUGUUGCAGUUUAGUCUUGAAGCCGGUGAGACAAGACGACAACUAAAUGGGGGUGGAUUUGAAAAAGAAGUGGGUUGUCGCGAUUCUCUCACUUCUCAAGUUAAGCAUCAGCAGCAAGCUUCAGGAAAUGGAGAGAAGCCUUCAAUAGCCAAGCUCUUUGAGCAAGUGGGAUUGCAGAAGAUUUUGUCAUUGCUUGAAGCAGAAGAUGUUGAUGUGCGAAUCCAUGCUGUGAAAGUUGUAGCAAAUCUAGCCGCUGAAGAAACAAAUCAGGGGAAGAUUGUAGAAGCGGGGGGCCUUACUUCCUUGCUUAUGCUGCUUAAGACCACACAAGAUGAGACCAUACAUAGAGUUGCUGCAGGUGCUAUUGCAAAUUUGGCAAUGAACGAAACCAAUCAAGAACUCAUUAUGGCCCAAGGGGGCAUUAGUUUGCUGUCAAUGACUGCAGCCAAUGCUGAAGAUCCUCAAACUCUUCGAAUGAUUGCUGGGGCCAUUGCUAAUCUCUGUGGCAAUGAUAAGCUACAGACAGAAUUAAGGGGCGAAGGUGGUAUCAAGGCACUGCUGGGAAUGGUGAGAUGCAGACAUCCUGAUGUGCAUGCACAGGUUGCUCGAGGUAUAGCAAAUUUUGCGAAGUGUGAGUCAAGAGCAUCUAGUCAAGGGAUAAAGAGUGGAAGAUCUUUCCUUAUUGACGAUGGUGCCCUUCCAUGGAUUGUUCAAAAUGCUAAUAUUGAAGCCUCGUCAAUUAGGCGUCAUAUUGAGCUUGCACUCUGUCACUUAGCACAACACGAAAUAAAUGCAAAAGACAUGAUUAAUGGGGGAGCAUUAUGGGAGCUAGUUCGUAUCUCACGAGAUUGUUCUAGAGAAGACAUAAAGAUUCUUGCACAUCGAACAUUAGCCUCCAACCCCGCUUUCCAAGCUGAAAUGAGGCGUUUGCGGCUGAGUCACUGAAGAAUUUUGUAGACAAAGUAAAGCUGGCUGAAACGUCCAAGGAUGGCUUUCUUCAGUGUCUAGUUGAAACUAUAAACUAGUGUUCGUGGGUCCUUGUAAGCGGGUGGUUGAUCCAUCAAUGAAUGACCAUAAUUUAAUCAAGUCAACAUGGUGUCUCUCUGGUCCACUUCCUAGCCUCUGGCAUGUAAAUUGAUUUGUACAUGAAAUAAAUAAGGUAAGAGUAGCAAUAGUUUUGAAUUUCUUCAUUAUAAUAGCUUGUUGCCAAUCAUAACGGCAAUAGUUAAAUUUGUUGAUUAGUGAUGAUUUGAAUUGUUUCAACAAUUGCUAGAAGGUGUGAACUCCGUGAACAUUCAUUUUUUUCAUAAUGAGUGUCCCCUAUCAAGUUGCAAAAGGCAGUGUAUUAUUAUUAUUAUUAUCAUAA